GGGCGCGGGCGAGUAGGAGGGGGCGCCGGGCUAUAUAUAUAGCGGCUCGGCCUCUGGCCGGCCCAGCGCGCAGGGAGGCGCGCAUCGCCUGGUGGAGUCCCAGCCGCGGCCGCGCGCCCCUCCGCCGCUGCCCGCCGCUCCAUGCAGCCCCGGUAGCUUAGCGUCCACGCCGGGGUAYCCCGUCGCUCACCGCCCGCUCCUCGCUCUGCCGCGCACCCCCAGCCUGGGCCCAGACCGUGCGCUCCCGCGGGCCCCCUCUGGCGCAGCUUGGGCGCCGGCUUCCCGGGCGCACGGACCGCUUGACGGACGCACCGCCCUCGGGCCGGGAUGGCGGGGCCCGGGACGGCCGCGGCGGCUCUGCUCCCGGCAGUCCUGCUGGCCCUGCUGGCGCCCUGGGCGGGCCGAGGGGGCGCCGCCGCACCCACAGCACCCAACGGCACGCUGGAGGCCGAGCCGGAGCACCGCUGGGAGAGCCUGCUGGCGCGCUCGCUGGCGCGCUUGCCCGUGGCCUCACAGCCCAAGGAGGCUGCCGUCCAGAGCGGCGCCGGGGAUUACCUGUUGGGCAUCAAGCGGCUGCGGAGGCUCUACUGCAACGUGGGCAUCGGCUUCCACCUGCAAGUGCUCCCCGACGGUCGCAUCGGCGGCGUGCACGCGGACACGAGCGACAGUCUGCUGGAGCUCUCCCCCGUGGAGCGGGGCGUGGUGAGCAUCUUCGGAGUGGCCAGCAGGUUCUUUGUGGCCAUGAGCAGCAAGGGCAAGCUCUACGGCUCGCCCUUCUUUGCGGAUGAGUGCAAGUUCAAGGAGAUUCUGCUCCCCAACAACUACAACGCCUACGAGUCCCAGGAGCACCCCGGCAUGUUCAUCGCACUGAGUAAGAACGGCAGGGCCAAGAAGGGGGACCGAGUGUCACCCACCAUGAAGGUCACCCACUUCCUCCCCAGGCUGUGACCCUCCAGAGCCGCCUCAGCCUC